GUGUCUGUCACUUCUGUCAGCUGCCUGGCCAUUUUAUUAGGGAGUGUCCCUUCCGGUACCAGCUGAACGGAGCGGAGAUGGCGGCGUGCAUUCGUGAUGGCGGAGCGGCUGGGCCGAAUAGGAACGACUCCAAUGGCAUUCUGCUGGCACCACAGCAGGGGAGUAGCGCUUCAACUUCGAACGCUAUCGUCCCGUACCAAGGGCCACAGAGCAGGAGCUAUAAUGGUAAUAGUGAAGGCUAUAGCGGUUAUGGCGGGAGUUAUAAUUCUGGAGGAAGUCAUAAUAAUCGGCAGCGAUAUGCAAGGCAAUGGAACGGAGGAUACAUGGAUCGAGAAAGGGGUCGGGACGAGAAGAUUGACAGGUUGUACGGUCUCUUGUCGGAUCAAGUAGAAGAGAGGGAGCAGCGGAAGAGGGAGGCUGCUAAGUUGGAGUUGCUUGAGGAAGAGAAAAAGAAACUUCAGGCAGAGGAAGAGAAGAAAGUACAGGCGAUCAAAGAAAGGGAGCAGCAGGAGGCUAGACUAGGGAGGAUAGUCAGAACAAGCGUCAAGGCGGUUUGUGAAUCGGCACUCGGAAGGAAGGUCGACAUUCCCGAGGACGAGGAUGGUGAAGUGACUAAGCUAAGAAAGGAACUGGAAGACCUGCGGGCGAAGAGUUCGGUGGAGACGAGUGCCUCACGAUUGGAGGCUUUACGAAAAGAGAAGGAGGCUCUAUUAAGGAUGAGAAACCAAGAAGGUGAGGAGGAGCGAUUGCUCAAAGAAAUAGCGGAACUGAGGAGCAGAAAGGAACUUGGGCCAGUGACUGAAGGGAAACAGGACGAAAUUAUGGCACUACAGCUGCAGGUGAAAAAGUUGAGUGCUUUCCGUACUGCUCUGGAACAAAAAAAUGCUGAAGUUUCUGCUCUGAAAUCGGAGAAUAGUCAUCUUAAGAAGGAAUUUUCUGACUUACGAGAGGACUUCAUCCUCCUCAGGAGUAAGAGGAGCGCAGGAGCGGUGACUGAAAGCAGCCCACCCGAAGAACCGGCGAAGGGCAAGCCGCGAGCAGAAUCAUCUACCAUGGCUAUGUACACACCAAAGGAUAUGGAGGAUCUUUGGAAGGCCUAUAAGGAUGCCUUGGCUGGGAAAGAGAUCGCAGUGAAGGAAGCGGAAAUGUGCAAGGAGCGCAUGGCGAGAAUGGGUGCCUCGCGUAUACGUCUGUCAUCUCGAAGGGCUUCAGUGAGAAAAACAACACCGCGAAAUCUCAGGACCAGCUUCCAAGGGGUUGAGGUCAUGUCGGAUGAUGAGGGGAAAGAUUCCGACAAGGACAAGGAGAAGGGGAAGACACGUGAUAUAGUCGAUGUGACGCAUGAUCUGGAAGUCGCGAAGAUGGCGGGGUUUCGAGAGAUCCGAUUGAAAGAGCUACGGCAAGCCAAGAAGGUGGACAUGGAAGCUGCCUGUGAAGAUGAAGGCAUCACGUAUAUCAAGUUAGAUCAGGCCAGGGAUGACGUGGCCGAAAUCCGGGCCAGUCGGGACUAUGCUGCAUGGCUGAAGGAGAAAGAGUCGCGGGAUGAAGAAGAUCGGGAUCAGCAGUACACAACUUCCAAUGAGGACGUUGGGGAUGAGUGAGGGGACUCCCUGAGCGUGUCACAGCUAUGGGAACUGGCCCUAUUCUGUCGAGAUUUCUGGGAAGAUUUGUCGGCUGAUCACCUUCAGUAUGUGUAUAGAGUGGUCGUAAUUCCGCUUAUCCUGCAAGGAGAAAUUCCGUGGUGCGAUAAGUUCUUUAACUAUGUCGUUGCGCUUGUUAAUAAGAAAUUUGAUUUUACCUCUUGCCCUGGUCCGAUAGUCUACGCACUAGUAUCGCCUUGGUAUCGACAUGUAUAUGUGGGGUGCACUAAGAGGUCGGUCAAGGAAAGGUGGAAGGAGCACGUGGCAUGCACGUUACCGCUUGGAAGUGGGAAGGGCAAUAGGAAGUUGUAUAGGUGGUUGCGUAGGGUAGGAAUCAAUUCUUACGUUGCAA